AAUAAAUUAAAACCCUUAAUUUUCUCAUAUUUUAUGCCAUCAGGAGAUAUCUGUGACAAUGGACAUCAAUUGGAAGGACAAUCUACUUUAAUAAGUGGUGCAGGAGAUAUCUGUGACAAUGGACAUCAAUUGGAAGGACAAUCUACUUUGAUAAGUGGUGCAGGAGAUAUCUGUGACAAUGGACAUCAAUUGGAAGGACAAUCUACUUUGAUAAGUGGUGAAGGUGAAUCUCAAUAUGAAGUACAUCCUAGAGAAAGACUACAUCAUAAAUCUCCAAGAUCCAGUGAAAGCACAUAUUCCCUUCCACAAACCAAUUUACACACAGGAGGAAAACUGCAUGGAUGUGACUUCUGUGAGAAAGGAUUUUCACAGAAGAGAGAUCUUGAAUGCCAUCUUUUGACUCAUAAAGGAGAUAAACAAUUUGACUGUUCAUUUUGUAAAAAGAGAUUUUCAUUGAUAAGUUCUUUAAAGAUUCACCUCCGAACACACAAAGGAGAAAAACGUUAUGAACGUUUACGUUGUGAAAAUAAAUUUUCACAAAGGAGUACUAAAAAAACUCAUCUGUUAACACACGCAGGAGAAGCACCUCAUGAGUGUUCACAUUGUGGAAAGAAAUUUCCAUAUAGGAGUACUCUCAACACUCAUCUCAUGAUACACACAGGAGAAAAACCUUAUGAAUGUUCAUAUUGUGAAAAGAAAUUUUCACGAAUGAGUACUCUCAAUGAUCAUCUGCUAACACACACAGGCGAAAAACCUUUUGAAUGCGAAAACUGUAAAAAGAAAUUCACACAUAGGAGUACUCUCAACAAACAUCUGCUAACACACUCAGGAGAAAAACCUUAUGAAUGUUCAUAUUGUGAAAAGAAAUUUUCACGAAUGAGUACUCUAAGAAAUCAUCUGCUUACACAUACAGGCGAAAAACCUUUUGAAUGUGAAAUCUGUGAAAAGAAAUACGCACAGAAGAGUGCUCUCAACAAACAUCUCCUAACACACACAGGAGAAAGACGUCAUGAAUGUUCUCAUUGUGAAAAGAAAUUUUCACAAAAAAGGGAUCUAAAUAUCCAUCUUUCAACCCAUACUGGUGAAAAACCAUAUGAAUGUUCAUACUGCGAAAAGAAAUUUUCACAUAAGUGUAAUUUAAAUAGACAUCUUCUAACACACAUAAGAGAAAAACCUUAUGAAUGUUCAUAUUGCGAAAAGAAAUUUUCAGAUAAGAGUAACUUUAAUAGACAUCUUCUGACACACACAGGAGGAAAACCUUAUGAAUGUUCACAUUGUGGAAAGAAAUUUUCACAAAGGAGUUCUCUCAAUAACCAUUUCCUUACACACACAGGAGAAAAACCUCAUGAAUGUUCACAUUGUGAAAAGAAAUUUUCACGAAUGAGUCAUCUCAAUAAUCAUCAGCUAACAUAUACAAGAGAAAAACCUUUUGAAUGUGAAAACAUUGAAAAGAAAUUUGUACAUAAGAGUGCUCUCAACGAACAUCUAACACAUACAGGAGAAAGACCUCAUGAAUGUUCACAUUGUGAAAAGAAAUUCGCACAGAAAACUGAUCUUAAUAUCCAUCUUGCAACCCAUUCUAGUGAAAAACCUUAUGAUUGUUCACACUGUGAAAAGACAUUUUCACUAAAGUGUAACUUAAAAAUACAUCUUCUAACACACACGUAGGAGUAAAAUCCCAUGAAUGUUCAUUAGUAAAAAUAGUCUGGAUGGUCAUCUGUCAAUGCACUGCAUGGAUGUGACUACUGUGAGAAAGGAUUUUCACAGAAGAGAGAUCUUGAAUGCCAUCUUUUGACUCACAAAGGAGAUAAAAAAAAUUGACUGUUCAUUCUGUAAAAAGAGAUUUGCAUUGAUAAGUUAUUAAAAAAUUUAUCUCCAAGCACACAUAAGAGAAAACCUUGUGAAUGUGAACACUGACAAGAAAUAUUCAAAAAUCAGCUCAAAUCUCAUUUUGUAACACACAUGAGAAAAUAACUUAUGAAAGAAAUUUAAGAAAGAAAUUUGUUCAAACGACUACUCUUAACACUUAUCUGAUUACACAAACUUGUGAAAAACCUUAUGAUUGUUCAUACAUUUAUUGUAAAAUGAAAUUUGCACAAAGAAAUACUCAUCUGCUUACACACAGAGGAGAAAGCCUUAUGAAUGCGAAUACUGUCAAAAGAAAUUUGCAUAUAGUAAUACUCUCAACACUAAUCUGUUUUUACACACACACACAUAAGAGAAAAACCUUAUGAAUGUUCGCAUUGUGAAAAACUAAAAUUGCUGAAAAGCAAUCUGAAUAUCCAUCUUUCAACCCAUACUGUUGAAAAACCCUAUGUUCACACUGUAAAAAGCAAUUUUCAAACAAAAGAUGGCUUAAAUUUCAUUUCGUAACACACACAGGAGAAAAACCUUGUGAAUGGUUACAGUGUACUUUGUAGAAAGAAAUUUGCACAGAGGAAUAUUCUAAAAAAUCGUCUGUUAACACAAAAGAGAAAAACGUUGUGAAUGUUCACAUUUUUUAAAAGAAAUGUUAACAUGAGAGUACUCUCAACACUCAUCUGCUACAUGUAGUACACAAAGGAGAAAGACUUUUUUAAUUUCCAGAUUGUGAAAAGAAAUUUGUACAUAGGAAGUCUGUAAAUUAUCAACUGUUAACACACAAAGGAGAAAAACCUUAUGAAUAUUCACAUUGUGAAAAGAGAUUUGCACAGAAGAGUUCCCUGUGCAGUCAUAUCCUAACACACACAGGAGAAAAGGCUUAUAAAUGUUCACAUUGUGAAAAGAAAAUGUCAUAGAGAAACGGUCUGAAUAUCCAUCUUUCAACCCAUACUGGGGAAAACAUUAAGGAUUAUUCAUACUGUGAAAAAAAAAAUUCACAUAAGUUUAACUUAAAUAGACAUCUAUCACGCACAGGAGAAAAAUCUCAUGAAUGAUCUCAUCAUGUAAGAAUUUUCAUGGAAAAGUGAUCUGGAUGUUCAUCUGUCAACAUACUAGUGUAAAAAACCUUGUAAAUAUUCACACAGUAAAAAGAAAUUCUCACAAGAGUCAUCUCAAUAGUUUAUUUCCUUUUGGUCUACAGGUAAUCCCAAUUCAUUCAAACACCAACUUGUUUAAUAUUAUUUGGUCUUCCAUCAGAUUGUCCAUUAUCCACAUGUUCUUACUGUCAUUUCGUCCAUUCACCAUUUGUCUAAAAACCAGUUGGUCUGAUAGCCAUUUAGUCCUUAUACCAUGCUAUCUAAUUGGACUGAUUUGGGGUGAAAUUAAUGAAAAAUUGGCAUUAAACCAACUGGAUUUGAAAGAAAAUGGAAAUAGAUGAACUGGUGUUAGACAAUUUACCAUCUCAAAUCUAAUUUCUCAACAAACAUGGAAGAAAAUUAUGAAUGUUCACAUUUUUUUUUUCUCAAUACAGUCAUCUAAAAAUGAAUUGUUAUCACACAAAAUGAAGGGAGAAAACCCUUAUGAAUGUCCAUGCUGUAAAUAAAAGACAUCAUGAGAGAAAAGGCAAAGUUUAGAGAAUAUCUUUUAUACAAGAUUUUCAUGAGGACACUUCUUUAAACCAAACUAGGUUAUUUUCAUCUUGAUUUUCACACUGCAAAAAAAUGAGUUCUAAUAGAGUAAAAUAAAAAAGUGUACAAAAUAAAAAGUGAUUUUGUUUUCACCACCCCUUCUGGAGAUAACCACGUGGGAAAACCUAUCAAACAUUCAUGAAUUCUCUGAAAGGGAUAAUUAAGAACUGGAGUUGUUCUACUUUUUCGUACUAUUUUGCACUUUGUUUUGAUAACACUUUGUACUAUCUUUUACAAACAAGAAAAAUCUUUGCUGAUCCAUUAUACAUGUAUUUUAAUUGUCAUAGCGAGUUAAAUUUGAUACAUUUUCUUUUGUUCCCAGAAAUAUUAGAUUUUGGUUAAUGUUUAAAGGUCAAGUCCACCUCAGAAAAAUGUUGAUUUGAAUCAAUAGAGAAAAAUCAGACAAGCACAGUGCUGAAAAUUUCAUCAAAAUCAGAUGUAAGGUAAGAAAGUUAUGACAUGUCAAAGUUUCGCUUAUUUUUAACAAAAUAGUUAUAUGAACGAGCCAGUUACAUCCAAAUGAGAGAGUCGAUGUCACUCAUUAUUUCUUUUGUUUUUUAUUGUUUGAAUUAUACAAUAUUUCAACUUUUAUGAAUUUGAUGAUUAGGACCUCCUUGCCUGAAGCACAAAAUGUUAAAAUAAUGGAAUUCCACGUGUUCAGGGAGGAUGAAACUCCAUUUCACAUGACAAUGACGAGAAAAUAAAAAUAUUUCAUUUAAUAAAAUACAAAAGAAAUAGUGAGUGGGUGAUGUCAUCAGUUCCUCAUUUGCAUACCGACUGAGAUGUGCAUAUAACUGUUUUGUGAAAUGAAGCGAAACUUUAAAAUGCCAUAACUUUCUUAAUUUUACAUCUGAUUUUGAUGAAAUUUUCAGUGUUAUGCUUGAUGGAUUUUUCACUUUUUAUUCAAAUCAAGUUUUUGUUGGGGUGGACUUGUCCUUUAAGAUCACACAACAGAAAGUAUGAAUUAAAAAUAAACCCUUAAUUUUCUCAUGUUUCAUGUCAUCAGGAGAUAUCUGUGACAAUGGACAUCAAUUGGAAGGACAAUCUUCUUUGAUAAGUGGUGAAGGUGAAUCUCAAUAUGAAGUACAUCCUAGAGAAAGACUACAUCAAUCUCCAAGAUCCAGUGAAAGCACAUGUUCCAUUCCACAAACCAAUUUACACACAGGAGGAAAACUGCAUGGAUGUGAAUUCUGUGAGAAAGGAUUUACACAGAAGAGAGAUCUUGAAUGCCAUCUUUUGACUCAUAAAGGAGACAAACAAUUUGACUGUUUAUUUUGUAAAGAGAGAUUUUCAUUUAUAAGUUCUUUGAAAAUUCACCUCCGAACUCACAAAGGAGAAAAACAUUAUGAACGUUCACAUUGUGAAAGAUUUUCACAAAGGAGUACUCUAAAAACUCAUCUGUUAAUACGCUCAGGAGAAGGUCCUCAUGAAUGUUCACAUUGUGGAAAGAAAUUUCCAUAUAGGAGUACCCUCAACACUCAUCUCUUUACACACACAGGAGAAAAACCUUAUGAAUGUUCAUAUUGUGAAAAGAAAUUUUCACGAAUGAGUACUCUCAAUAAUCACCUCCUAACACACACAGGAGAAAAACGUUUUGAAUGUGAAAACUGUAAAAAGAAAUUCACACAUAGGAGUAGUCUCAACAACCAUCUCCUAACGCACACAGGAGAAAAACCUUAUGAAUGUUCAUAUUGCGAAAAGAAAUUUUCAGAUAAGAGUAACUUUAAUAGACAUCUUCUGACACACACAGGAGGAAAAACUUAUCAAUGUUCACAUUGUGAAAAGAAAUUUUCACAAAGGAGUACUCUAAAAAAUCAUCUGCUAAAACAUACAGGCGAAAAACCUUUUGAAUGUGAAAUCUGUAAAAAGAAAUUUGCACAGAAGAGUGCUCUCAAGAAACAUCUCCUAACACACACAGGAGAAAAGCCUCAUGAAUGUUCUCAUUGUGAAAAGAAAUUUGCUCGGAAAACCGAUCUAAAUAUCCAUCUUUCAAACCAUACUGGUGAAAAACCCUAUGAAUGUUCAUACUGUGUAAAGAAAUUUUCACAUACGUUUAAGUUAAAUAGACAUCUUCUUACACACAUAAGAGAAAAAAACUUAUGAAUGUUCAUAUUGCGAAAAGAAAUUUUCAGAUAAGAGUAACUUUAAUAGACAUCUUCUGACACACACAGGAGGAAAAACUUAUGAAUGUUCACAUUGUGAAAAUAAAUUUUCACAAAGGAGUACUCUCAACACUCAUCUGCUAACACGCACAGAAGAAAAACCUCAUGAAUGUUCACAUUGUGGAAAGAAAUUUUCACAAAGGAGUUCUCUCAGCAACCAUCUCCUAACACACACAGGUGAAAAACCUUAUGAUUGUUCACACUGUGAGAAGACAUUUUCACAAGUGACUACUCUCAAACACCAUCUCCUAACACACACUGGAGAAAACCCUUUUGAAUGUGAAAACUGUGAAAAGAAAUUUAUACAUAGGAGUGCUCUCAACAAACAUCUCCUAACACACACAGGAGAAAGACCUCAUGAUUGUUCAUAUUGUGAAAAGAAAUUCGCACAGAAAACCGAUCUAAAUAUCCAUCUUGCAACCCAUUCUAGUGAAAAACCUUAUGAUUGUUCACACUGUGAAAAGAAAUUUUCACUAAAGUGUAACUUAAAAAUCUUCUAACACACACGCAGGAAUAAAAUCUCAUGAAUGUUCAUGAGUAAAAAUAGUCUGGAUGGUCAUCUGUCAAUGCACUGCAUGGAUGUGACUACUGUGAGAAAGGAUUUUCACAGAAGAGAGAUCUUGAAUGCCAUCUUUUGACUCACAAAGGAGAUAAAAAAUUUGACUGUUCAUUCUGUAAAAAGAGAUUUGCAUUGAUAAGUUCUUUAAAAAUUCAUCUCCACACACACACAAGAAAAAAACCUUAUGAAUGUUAACAUUGUGACAAGAAUUAUUUUUUUAAAAGUCAGCUCAAAUCUCAUUUUGUAACACACAGAAGAAAAAAAACGUAUGAAUUUUCACAUUGUAGAAAGAAAUUUGUUCAAAGGAGUACUCUCAACACUUAUCUGCUUUCACUUGUGAUAAACCUAAUGAAUGUUCAUACAUGUAUUGUAAAAAGAAAUUUGCACAUCAUCUGCUUACACACACAGGAGAAAAACAUUAUGAAUUUGAACAUUGUGAAAAGAAAUUUUCACAGAAGAGUCAUGACAAAUCUCAUUUACUAAUACACACGCAGGAGAAAGGCCUUAUGAAUGCUCACAUUGUGAAAAUAAAUUUUCACAAAGGAGUAAUCUCAAUAACCAUCUGCUUGUGCACACAAGUGAAAAACCUUAUGAAUGUCCACAUUGCAAGAAGAAAUUUUCACAAUACAACAAUCUACAAAAUCAUCUGCUAACACACACGGGAGAAAAACGUUAUGAAUGUUCACAUUGUAAAAAUUUUUCACAUAAGUGUACUCUUAUAUUUCCUAUCCAAACACGAUUGUAAAGGGUUUUGAUUGUGGUCAGCGCUGCUCUCUUAUUGAGCAAUGGGAUAAUUAUAGCAUUUUAUGUCUGCACUGUAAAAAAUGAAGUGCUAAUGUAGCACUUACAGUGCUUGUAUAGUGACUGCACUGCGAGUGCUGAUUUUCUAGUUCAAAUUUAAACUAGAAAAUCAGCACUCGUAGUGCAGUGACUGCAGUCACUAUACAAGCACUGUAAGUGCUAAAUUAGCACUUCACUUUUUACAGUGUGUAUUUAUUAUUAUUAUUAUUAUUAUGAUUCUAUAUUCAGUUCUAGUUCUGCCAUGUUCCCUAUGAGGAAAGUCAGCAAGAAGGUAUUAUCCUUAACGAAUAAAGUGUAAUGUCUAUUCUAUUAAGAUAGUGCUAAGAAUAUUGUUUGGACUAUAUGAAACGUGAGCAACCGUAACAUGAUUCUUAUAACUCACUAAAAUUGGUAAGGUGAGGCCAAAGAUUUGAUAGAGAAAAGAUUACCAAAAUGCAUUUACAGCAAUGUGGACAAAAAUAUGAAUAUGUAAAACCAACUUGUCAAGCAAUGUUAGUAAUCUGUUCAUAUCUUUUAAAGACCUCUUUGUGACAUUUGAUGAAUGAGGGUUGUGUAUAUAGUAACAAUGGCAGCGUUUAUGAAUGUAAAAUGAAGAAGCGCUAAUAUUUUGAAGCGAGUCUUCAUGGCCGGCGAUGUUUGCCGGGGGGGGGGGGGGGUUAAUGGGGGCUCAAAUAUGGAAUUUUGUACAACAGCCUUAUGAAGAUCGUCAUUAUGCCCCCCCACUCAUCACCAAAACCUUGUGAAACCACUGUGCAUAGCGGUCUUUAAUGGUACAAAUUGGAUUAUGUAUUUAACGUAUUGUAACAUAAUUGUGUGUUAGUUUUAUGUUUUAUGAUUCUUGGCAUCCAACUUGACGAUGAACUCUCCUGUUUUCAAUCUCUUUGAUUAUUUAUGUUCGGUUAUUUCAAGAAAUAUAGGUGUAAUGAAUAUAAAUUAAAUUUCCUUCCACAAAACAUAUUACUCAACCUUUAUUAUACAAUGGUUUAUCCAUAUUUAACUUAUUGUAAUGUUGUAUGGGCCACCACAGCCAACAAUAACCUAAAUAUGUUCAGAUUAUUUAAAUUACAGAAAAUAGCAGUGAGAAUAAUGUGAAAAACUUCAUUUAAUGCUCACUCUAGUGUCCUUUUCAAAAGAUUAAAACUCAAGUGUAUUUGACAUUUAUAAACUAUCCCUAGAAUCAUUUAUGUAUUCUUGCCACAAAAAGAUAAUUCCUGAAUCACUAAGCAGAUAUUUUUUCUCAAUACUACUACCCAUUCUCACCAAACCCGUAGUCAAUUUGAUUUUCACAUGCCCUCCGUCCGUACUACUUUUACUAAAAAAAAUGGAAUGUGUUCAGGUCCCAAAUUAUGGAUCUCUCUUCCCCCUACACUUAAAAAUAGUUUAUCCCUAAAUAGUCUUCAACGUCAGUACAAAAAAGACUCGGUUAACAAUGUUCUCAUUCAAUAACAACUAGUAAUUGUAACAUGACUAUAAUUUCUGUGUUUGCCCUUCUCCUACACCAAGUCUCACUUCACCUGUCAUUUUUCUGUGACACUCGACAUACGCUCGUCCUUUAACUUUAUUCUAUAAUUUUUUCUAGAAAGGCAAACACUUCAUUUAACUUUGUUAAUGUUUGUUUUUACCUUGUUUGUGUUUGUCUUUGUAUGUUCUAUUAUGUAUCCCAUCUUUUUAUUUCUUUAAUGGGCUUGAACUUCUAAGAUCCAACAGAUCUUUAAUGCCAGUCAACACUCGAAGCCUGUUUUGUACAAUAUUUACUGUAAAUCAUUUUCAUUACUUUGUUUUGUCCUUUCUUGCUAUUAUGUAUUUCUUAUUUACCUGUAUAUAUGUUAUUUUUAUCGAGUGAAAUUAAAUGAAUUGAAUUGAAUAUGGGUAAUAAAUUAUAUUUUUGUAUCAUGUUGCAUCAUUAAAGAAGCCAAAGGAUGAAACUAUAUGAA